AUGGCUUCGUUCAUUCUCUCACAUCAUCCCACCACCACUCUCUCCACCAACACCACCGCCGCCACCAAAACUCCCCGCCGCAGCUAUAGCAUCUCAUGCAAAUCAUCAAACAACGAUCAUCAAGAAUCCCCUCUCCCCUCCAAAUUCGACAGAAGAAACCUACUAAUCGGCCUCGGCGCCGGACUCUACGGCGCCACCACCCUCGCCACCUCCCCCUUCUCCUUCGCCGCCCCAAUCUCCGCCCCCGACGUCACCCAAUGCGGCCCCGCCGACCUCCCCGCCGGCGCCACCCCCACCAAUUGCUGCCCGCCCUUCACCGGAGAAACCAUCGACUUCGAAUUCCCCCCGCCGCCGGCCAAGCUCCGCGUCCGCCCCGCCGCCCACCUGGCCGAUGACGCGUACAUCGCGAAAUUCAACAAAGCCGUCGAGCUUAUGCGCGCCCUCCCCGACGACGACCCCCGGAGUUUUAAGCAGCAGGCCAACGUCCACUGCGCCUACUGCGAUGGCGCAUAUGACCAAGCCGGGUUUCCGGACCUCGAGCUGCAGGUACACAACUCAUGGCUCUUCUUCCCCUUCCACCGCUACUACCUCUACUUCUACGAGCGGAUCCUCGGGAAACUCCUCGGCGACCCCACCUUCGCGAUGCCCUACUGGAACUGGGACGCGCCACGUGGAAUGCCGAUCCCGUCCAUGUACGCAAACCCUAAAUCUGCCCUCUACGACCCGCUCCGCGACCGGGCCCACCAGCCGCCCGCGCUCGUCGACCUCAACUACAACGGUACCGACCCGAGCACCACAACGGACCAACAGGCGCAGACGAACCUAACAGUCAUGUACCGGCAGAUGGUGUCGAACUCGAAAACCCCGCGCCUCUUCUUCGGAAGCCCCUACCGCCGCGGCGAGGACCCGAACCCCGGCGGCGGGUCCAUCGAGGGGAUCCCCCAUGGCCCGGUGCACGUCUGGACUGGAGACAGGACCCAGCCGAACACCGAGAACAUGGGGAAUUUCUACUCGGCCGCCCGCGACCCGAUUUUCUAUGCGCACCACUCCAACAUCGACCGGCUGUGGAGCGUGUGGAAAACCCUGGGCGGGCGGCGGGCGGACAUCACCGACCCGGACUACCUCAACGCGUCCUUCCUUUUCUACGACGAGGACGCGAGGAUGGUCCGGGUCAAGGUCCGUGACUGUCUGGACCCGAGAAAGCUCGGGUACGAGUACCAGGGCGUUGACAUACCCUGGCUUAACAGCCGCCCGACUCCCAGGGUUUCUUCAGUUCUCAGGAAACUGAAGAAACUCGGGAGGGCGAAAGCGGCCGACUCCACGGCCCAGUUUCCUGCGAAACUGGACCGGGUUUUAAAAGUGAUGGUGAAGAGGCCGAAGAAGAAGAGGAGCAAGAAGGAGAAGGAUGAGCUCGAGGAGGUAUUGGUGAUCGAAGGGAUCGAGGUCGAUCGCGAUUCCUACGUUAAAUUCGACGUCUACAUCAACGACGAAGACGACGUCGUGACGACGGCGGAGAACACGGAGUUUGCGGGAAGCUUCGUGAAUGUUCCGCACAAGCAUAAGAAUGAGAAGAGGAUUAAGACGCAGCUGAGGCUGUCGAUUUCGGAUAUUAUGGAAGAUCUCGACGCGGAGGAUGAUGAUCACGUGCUGGUCACGUUGGUGCCGACUAACGGCGGCGACGCCGUCACCAUUGGUGGUAUCAAGAUCGAGCUUGAUGACUGAUUUUGCAGUUUGUAAUAUCCCUUUUUUUUCAAUAAAUUGAAUAAAAUAUUUCUUGUGUA